AGGCCCUUGUUGGUUAUGACUCAACCCCUGAAAUGCACCUCUCUUUUCAGACAGAUCCUGGACAGAGGCCAGCAGGGGUCUCCUCAGAGGCCACCAGGAUGUCAUAUUUUGGGGAACAUUUUUGGGGUGACAAAAACCAUGGCUUUGAGGUGCUCUACCAUUGUGUGAAGCAGGGUCCUGUGGCCACCAAGGAGCUGGCUGACUUCAUUAGGGAAAGGGCCAGCAUCGAAGAGACGUACUCGAAAGCCAUGGCCAAGCUGUCCAAGAUGGCCAGCAAUGGGACCCCCAUGGGGACCUUUGCUCCACUCUGGGAGGUUUUCCGUGUGUCCUCGGACAAGCUGGCACUGUGCCAUCUGGAGCUGACGCGGAAGCUCCACGACCUCCUCAAGGAGGUGCUGCGUUAUGGCGAGGAACAGCUCAAGGCCCACAAGAAGUGCAAGGAGGAAGUCCUGGGUACCGUGGAUGCGGUGCAGGUAUUGGCCAGCGUGGGUCAGCUCUUGCCAAAAUCUCGAGAGAAUUACCUGAGCCGCUGCAUGGACCUGGAACGACUGCGCAGAGAGAACACCAGCCAGAAGGAGCUGGAUAAGGCUGAAACCAAAAGCAAGAAGGCAGCUGAUAGCCUGCGGCGCUCUGUGGAUAAGUACAACUCCGCCAGGGCUGACUUUGAGACCAAGAUGCUAGACUCGGCCCUGCGCUUUCAGGCCAUGGAGGAGUCACACCUGCAACACAUGAAGACCUUGCUGGGCUCCUAUGCCCACUCAGUGGAGGACACCCACGUGCAGAUUGGGCAGGUGCAUGAGGAAUUCAAGCAGAACGUGGAAAAUGUGACAGUGGACAUGCUCCUCAGGAAGUUUGCAGAGAGCAAGGGCACCGGCUGUGAGAAGCCUGGGCCUCUGGACUUCGACACCUAUAGCACAGCUGCCCUGCAGGAAGCAAUGAAACGUCUCCGAGGAGCCAAGGCCUUCCGCCUUCCAGGACUGAGCCGGCGGGAGCCCCGUGCAUCUGUGGACUUCCUGGAGUCUGAUUCAGGGGUGCCUCCAGAGGUGGAUGAAGAAGGCUUCACUGUGCGUCCUGAUGUUUCACAUAACAGCACAGCCGAGCCCCCUCGAUUCUCCUCUAGUGACUCUGAUUUUGACGAUGAGGAGCCUAGGAAGUUCUACAUUCACAUCAAGCCCGCCCCCACCCGCACUGUGAGUGGCAGCUCUGAGGCUGCAGCUGCUCAGCUCCGAGCCACAGCCGGCAGCCUGGUCCUCCCACCAGGCCCAGGGGGCACCAUGAAACGUCAAUCCUCGAGGGACACUUCUGGGAAGCCACAGAGACCUCGGUCAGCCCCACGGACCAGCAGCUGUGCUGAGAAGCCGCUGGCCUCGGAGGAACCGCUGCCCAAAAGCCUCUUCGGGCCACCUCUGGAGUCCGCCUUUGACCAUGAGGACUUCACGGGCUCCAGCAGCCUGGGUUUCACAUCCAGCCCAUCCCCUUUCUCUUCUUCGUCCCCGGAGAAUGUGGAGGACUCAGGCCUGGACUCCCCAUCGCAUGCUGCCCAUGGCCCGUCCCCUGAGUCCUGGGUUCCCCGGCCAGGCACCCCGCAGAGCCCACCCACCUGCAGGAUGCAGCCACCUGAGGCCAGGGGCCCAAUGCCCCGUGCACCCUCGCCAGGCCCCUGGAGAUCAGAGGCAGGUGCAGACUCCAUAAUGCCUGCUGACUCCACCACCAGGGAGGGCCUGGCUGCACCACCCAGGAGACCUCAGUCCAGAAAAGUGUCCUGCCCGCUCACCAGGAGCAAUGGUGACCUGUGCCGGUCCCUCAGCCCCUCCCCACUGGGAUUGUCUGCCCCCAGCAUCAUCCCGGAUCGGCCCAGCUUCUCCACCCAGAUGGGACAUGGCAUCUCCCGUGGCCCCAGCCCUGUGGUCCUAGGAUCCCAGGACACCCUGCCUGUGGCCACAGCCUUCACUGAGUAUGUCCAUGCCUAUUUCCGUGGCCACAGCCCCAGCUGCCUGGCUCGAGUCACCGGGGAGUUGACCAUGACCUUCCCUGCCGGUAUUGUGCGAGUGUUCAGUGGGACCCCACCCCCACCCGUCCUCAGCUUCCGGCUAGUACACACGGCCCCAGUAGAACACUUUCAGCCCAACGCUGACUUGAUCUUCAGUGAUCCUUCCCAGAGUGACCCGGAGACCAAAGACUUCUGGCUGAACAUGUCUGCGCUGACAGAGGCCCUACAGCACCAGGCAGAACAGAACCCCACAGCCUCCUACUACAAUCUGGUGCUGCUGCGCUACCAGUUCUCCCGCCCUGGGCCCGAGUCAGUACCCCUGCAAAUGAGUGCUCACUGGCAGUGUGGGCCCACGCUCACUCGAGUCACAGUGGAGUACAGUUACCGUGCGGGCGCCACCGCAGUGUCCACACCGCUCACUAAUGUCCAAAUCCUGCUGCCAGUGGGAGAGCCGGUGACCAGCGUGCGUCUGCAGCCUGCGGCCAGCUGGAACACGGAGGAAAAGAGGUUCACGUGGAAGCUUCCAGAUGUGUGUGAGGCAGGGGGCUCGGGCCGCCUCUCUGCCAGCUGGCAGCCACAGACCGGGCCUAGCACUCCAAGCCCGGUGGCCGCACAGUUCACCAGCGAGGGUGCCACGCUGUCUGGCCUGGACUUGGAGCUACUGGGAGGCGGCUACCGCAUGUCCCUAGUGAAGCGGAGAUUCGCCACAGGGAUGUACCUCGCAAGCUGCUGAGGUGCACUGCUCCCGGACCUCCCGCUUGCCUGCCCACUGCGGCUUCCCCAACUCCCAGGCUGGAUUCCCUGGACAAGAGCCUCUAUCCGGGCCUGGCUGAGCCAAGACACCUCCUCCCUCCCUCCCAAGCGGGCCCGGUCCUUUUAGUAAUCUUUAAAUAAACACUUUUCUAACAAAAUAAAAAGAAAUCCACA